UUCGUUCUAAAGCGUAAUGAUGUAGAUUGUGAUUGUAGUGUACAACCUUUGUAAUCUGCACGACUGUGUUAUUUAUAUAUUAAUAUUGAUUUGUGUUAUGAGUCGGUGAGCAGUGGUCACUAAAUAGGAAGUAAAUGUUUGUGAAAUAUUGAAAGCAGGCACACUACAGCUAUGGCGGUCGGAGGUCGGAAAGCCCCAGCAUUCGCCGUGUCUCCCGAACAGGGGUGUGAUUUCCUGUACGACUAUACAUGUUCCCCGUGUAUUUCCGAUGGUAAAAAUAAAGAAGCGAUCAAGUUUUGUGUUGACUGUGGAGAAUAUUUGUGUGAGAAUUGUCUAAUCGACCACAAUCGAUUUGCGAAGAUGAAAUCUCACCGCCUUGUUGACCCAGAAAGAUAUGACCACGGACGUAUAAGCCCUAAAGAUUCCUGUGUACCUACCAUUACUAUUUACUGCGACAAGCAUCACGGGGAAGUUUUAGAUAUGUUCUGUGGUGAACAUGAUGAAGUAUGUUGUACUAUUUGCCUCGAAUUGGAGCACAGCCAUUGCAAAGAUCGGGUUUAUAUACCGGAUAUAUCGAAAGACAUUCAGAAGACUGAAGAGUUUAAGCAACAACAGAAAGAAAACAAGAAUAUUUUGUCAAACCUUGAGUCGAUUAAACAGAAAAGAAGAAGAGACUUGGCAUUAUACAGGACGCAGAAAGACGCCAUCUUUAAACAUUUCAAACAAGUCCGGGAAGAUAUCAUAAAAGAAUUUGAUGAACUUGAGGAACGCUCAGUUGAGCUUGUUGAAAGUAGAUUUCAGCAAAAUGUAUCCACCGUGAGUGCUGUUGUGGAAGAAAUUGAUGAGAUGUAUGAUGUCAUGAAAAGUAAUGAUGACACACUGAAAAAUGAAAAGGACGCUGCGCAGGCAUUUGUUCUUCUAAAAACUGGAAAGAAACAUGUGGCCAAUACCAGAGCUUUGAUGCAAAGGUUGCAGUCGACCAGAGUGUUGCCGUUCGAUUUCAAAAUGAACGAGCAAGUAAAUAAUUGUUUUGCUGGUGUUAAGAGUCUUGGAAGCUUUCACAGUGGCUCAGUAAGCAGUAAAGUCUUCGGCGUUCAAGACAAGAGCGAAAAAUACCGCUGCAAUGUGAAAAGUUUCUGUCAGUUAGAAGACGGUUGUCUCAUCAUUGUCGACGCCGCUAAUGAAAACAUUAAAAGACUUGGAUCCACGUAUACCGUGAUAGAAAAGUGUAUAAUGCCAAGCCAGCCAUGGUCUGUGUGCACAUUCAAGAACACAGAAAUUGCAGUUUCAUUGUGUAAUGAGAGAAGUAUCCAGUUUAUAACAGUCAAAGGGAAAAUGCAGCUUUCAAGGUCGUUCAAAGUGAAGGACACAUGCACAGGCCUUGCCUCCUCCGGAGAAACGCUAUUUGUUGGACCUUGUAACAGAAAUCAAAUUCAAGUUUACAGUCAAUAUGGACGACUACUGACAACAAUUGAUUUCGCAAUCGGAAGUACACAAUAUACCCCUUGGUGUAUUGCCAUCUCACCUGACAAUGCGUUUCUGCACGUCGCUUCAAGAAAAGACGGAGUGAUUUCCGUUGAUACUGAAAGACACAAGUGUGAAAAAUUAAAUAUUCCGGAACUUCGGUUUGCAAGUAGUAUUGCUGUAGCGCAAAAUGGCGGUUUGUAUGUGUCAUGUGAAGAGAGCAACAAAAUCUUUCAUUACAUUGACGGCAGGUGCGAGACCUUGUUGACCGAAGCUGAUGGUAUCAGUAGCCCUAAGGCUUUGUUCUGUUACCGACAACAGGACCUUAUAGUGGCAUCAAAAGAUAUGAAUGGCAUCCGGGUUUAUUCACAAGUUAACAAAUUACUACAAUAAAGUUAAAACAUAGAGGAAUUUACCACAAAGAUAGGUAUUAAAACCACAAGAACGAAUUUAACUUUGCAAUAUCCAUAAACACCAGUACUUGCAAGACUUUGGUUUGUGUUGGAGGUGGUUGUGAGAUGUAUUACUAGAUUAUGGUGGCUGCUUUCUGCCAUUUCCUUCUAGCGCGUUUAGCGCGCCCAUACGACUUAUACGGUUUUUGUCGUUCUGGCGCGCUAGUACGUACGUCGUUUUGGCGUGAUCACGCUCUUCAAACGCGUCCAAAUGCCAGAAAUAUAUUGCAUAAGUCAGGCUCGAUACUAGCCGUUAAACACAUACAAGUUUUACUAUUAUUGUCUGGACAUAAGACGCUUCAUCGUAUAAUAUCCAAAAGUGUAACUAAUAAACAUAAAAUACAUGAAACAAAAUGAAAUAUGUUCGUAUACAUUGCACUUAUACUUGUUAAGUACAACAAUAUACAAUACAAGUGCUUUAAAGCCACUCGUUCGUAUAUUGAGAGCGAAAUUCUUCUUCUCUCAAAAAUCCAUAUAUUGUGAGUACUGUGAAAACGAACAGUGGUACAAAGUUACAGAAUUGACAGGAUUUUUGCAAGGUGUUCUUAAUAAAUUACUAGAUGUAUAGAACGGAAGGGAAUAAACCGUUGUAACGCUUUUCUAAUAAUAAAGAAAAGUUAUAUUCA